GACAGCCAGUACAACUAACUACCUGUGGUCUUUACAAGACGUCCUGGGUCAAGGAGCUACUGCCAGUGUUUACAAGGCUCGCAACAAGAGAUCGGGCGAACUGGUAGCCGUCAAAGUGUUUAAUACUCUGAGCUUCAACCGGCCCCACGACGUCCAAAUGAGAGAGUUUGAAAUGCUCCGGAAGCUCAACCACAGCAAUAUUGUCAGGCUGUUUGCUGUCGAGGAGCUGCCGACUAAGCAGAAGGUGUUAGUGAUGGAGUAUUGUUCAGGGGGGAGUCUACUCAACCUGCUUGAGGAACCUGAAAAUGCGUUUGGCUUGCCUGAAACGGAGUUCCUCACUGUGUUGCAGUGUAUAGUGCAGGGCAUGAAUCACCUUCGAGAAAAUGGAGUGGUGCAUCGGGACAUUAAACCAGGGAACAUCAUGCGGAAAGUUGGAGAGGACGGCAAAUCCGUUUACAAACUGACCGACUUCGGCGCCGCAAGAGAGCUGGAAGAUGACGAGAAGUUUGUGUCUAUUUAUGGAACCGAGGAGUAUUUGCACCCAGACAUGUAUGAACGGGCUGUGCUGCGGAAGCCUCAACAGAAAUCAUAUGGCGUUAGCGUUGACUUGUGGAGUAUCGGUGUGACAUUAUACCAUUCUGCCACGGGGAGUCUUCCUUUCACACCGUUUGAAGGACCUCGCAAAAACAAGCCCAUCAUGUUUAAGAUAACUACAGAGAAACCAAUGAGGGCGAUAGCAGGCGUGCAGCGGGUAGAAGGAGGACCGAUAGAGUGGAGUUACCACCUACCUCACAGCUGCCAACUCUCACAGGGUCUGAAAGUGCUGCUGGUUCCAGUACUCGCAGGCAUAAUGGAGGCUGACCAGGAGCGGUGUUGGGGCUUUGACCAGUUCUUCACAGCCACAACAGAUAUCUUGCAGCGGCAGCCAGUCCAUCUCUUCUCUCUGCAGCACGCCAUGGCACAAUGUAUUUACAUUCAGCACUACAAGACUGUGUCGGUGUUCAAGGAGGACGUGGCGUCUCAGACUGGUGUUGGGAUGCAACAUCAGCGCCUCAUGUACCUGGGUCACGACCUGCCCCUGGAGGGCAACAUGAAGGUGGUCAACCUUCCAUCUACUUCCUGUUCUCAGCCUCUCAUUCUGCUCAGCUACGCUCCUGCAUCCAACAUUGGCCUGCCCUUCAGAGAACCAGAGACUCCUCCCAUUCCAACCAGGUUUGAUGUCGUAGCAGACUACAGUUUCUCCAAGGCGACAGUAGGAGUGGUCCAUCAGUACAAGAGAAUUGUGCAGUUGCUUCACGCUCACCGAGAGCUUCUGCUGCAGGGUUACUACAGCUACAUGAUGAUGUUACGUCAGGAGUGCAGAGAAGCCAUGCAUCGUAUUGCAAUGAUCACCACGAGGUUACAGUCUUGUCUCAUUACGCAACACAGGGUUCAUAAACUAGCCUCUUAUUCCUCUGAAAGUCCAGGGCCAGCGAAUAAUAGUCAAAAGCUGCAGAUGGUUCAUCAGAACCUGCCUGUGUACGCUGUUGGAAUCCAGGAGUUUCAGAACCGACUGGAGCGUCUGCAGAUCGAACAGGCCAAGCUAGCUGAGACUCUGGCCCAUGACAAGAGCUGUCAGAGGAUGGAGAUCCUGCUUCAGAAGAUCACAGCGAUCCAUCAGCAAUACCGAAAAGACAGACUGACUGGAAAGCUGCCCUAUAAUGAUGAGCAAAUCCACAAGUUUGAAAAAAUCCACCUGUCCUCCCACAUUAAGCGAGUAAAGUCCCUCUUCAGAGAAGAAUGUGUGCAGAGAUAUAAAGAGCUCUUGGCUUCAACAAGGACAUGGAGCAGUGUUAUCCUGGAGAUGCAGGCCCAACUACAGGACUUUGGUUCUUUCUCCAGGGGCUUGUUGGCAGACUUGGAAAUGACUGAGCAGCACCAGAAUAAAGCUAUGGACAGGCUCCUCCACACUCUGCAGUUUGAGAGAGCUGAACAUCAGCCGGGAGUCGUACCAAACGACAAGAAGCCGAUGGUCUCCAGGAUGCACCAUUUAAGGGAGGAAAUGGAGCUUUUGGUGCGAGAGCUGCAGUGCAACAACAGCAUUAUUGAAAGCCUCGGCGCAGUGAACCCCGCAGCAGCUCUGGAGCCGAGUCCAGACAGACCCUGCACUCUGUGACGACGACGACGCAC